AUGGAGAGCGAAGAUGGCUAUGAGAAUGUUGAUGGCGCCGGCGAAACAGAUCCGAUAGCGGCAGAUCCAGUGGAAACGAGCUCUGCGAAGAGGGAGAUGACUGGGUCUUGGAGAUCCGAUGAGACAGAUCCGGGUCUUGGAGAUUUAUGCGAUAAAUUAUCCAGAAAACUGCAAAAUCAAUUCCCAUGGAGAAAACCAAUGGACACGCCUCAAUAUGUUGUGCUAAAAACGCAAGGUACCAUCUUUUCACUUGUGUCUGGAUUUAUUGAGAAGGAUGAUAAAGGAGGGUUGUGUUUGGAGGAUCGUAUUAGCGGACUUCCUGAUGUUGUACUUGUUUCAAUAUUGUCACUAUUGACGAUGAAGGAAGCGGGAAGAACUAGUCUCCUGUCAAAGAGAUGGAGAUAUAUGUGGACUUACAUUACUGCUUUGAACUUUGAUGCUUCACAUAUACAAAAGGGAAUUCUACUGGGUGAUAAGCAACUUGAAGUAGAAAAGCCUUUGUAUUUGAGUUGGGUUAAUCAAGUCUUGAACUCGUACAAUGGUCCAAGUUUAGAUCAAUUCAGAGUUCAAUUUGAUCUUGAUGACAGUAGUAAAUUUGAUAUUGACAACUGGGUUAAUUUUGCAAUAGAAAAGAGAGUUAAAAGACUUAAGUUAGACUUUUAUGAAAGUGGGGAAAUCAAGGAGCGUUACAAUUUUCCUGACACGGACCGAAUUACAGAUCACCUGCAUUCAUUGUCCCUUGGGUUUACUAGGUUCAACUCGCUGACCAAUCUCUUACUCACAGACGUGAAUGUAACUGGACAAGUUCUUGAGGACUUCUUAACUAACUGCCCAUUUUUGGAGCAAUUGUCUGUGAAAAAAUCCGACUGUCUGGUAAAUCUGAAAAUUCCAUAUCACUCACUCAAAUUGAAGCGCUUGGAGAUAAUUUACUGCUUCAAUGUGGAAAGUAUUGAAAUUUCAGCUAUGAAUCUAGUGUCAUUUAAGUAUUUUGGACCAAAAAUAAGCCAGCCAUUUAAGAUGGUCAAGCAGCUUGUUGAACUGUUUAUUGGGGGUGAGUACUGCAAUUAUCUAAUUAAUAACAACUUUUUCGAUAUUUCAAGCCAUCUUGCUCAGCUAGAGAGCCUUACGUUGCACAUGACGUUGCACAUGACCUCCAUUGAGAAUAAUAUCGAGUUUGCUAAAUUUCCGGUCUUUAAUAAGCUCAAGCAACUAGAGUUGAUAAUUACUGGAGCAAGUGAUCAUCAAAGUCUUCUUGUUUUUGCUCCCCUGAUAGAGGCGUGCCCUUUCUUGAGUAAAUUUGUGUUACAGUUGGAAUUAUACAAGCGAGAUCUGAAAAAAAUACGACGAAGUUUUGCGUCUCGGCCCCAUCAGUAUCUUAAGGUGGUGGAAUUAAUUGGGUUUGUUGGGCGUACAAAUGAUGUUGAGCUUGCUAUGUAUUUAAUCAAGAACGCCAUCAUGCUUGAGAAGAUUACUUUUGAUUCUCGCAAACCGAAUCUAAUAGGAACUCCAUGGGAGUUCAUGGAGACCAAGGAGAAAAAAAUAGCAAGAAAGCGUGCCGAGAACUUCCGAACCAAACUUCCUGCUGGAGCAGCUUUAGUAAUCCUAUAA